AUGGUGUUUGCAGAGGAGAUUUCAAUAUCGCUUUACAAGAGGUACGCGAAGACCGAAAAAGAUCCAAAAGAUUUCGAGAGAGCAAGGAAACUGAAGUUCGCCAAAUUUGGGGGGGGGAUGAGUCCACCUGGGAAG